GUCCUUAGCAUCACAACCCCAACACGAUGUCGCAAAACACGCUGAGAGCAGCAAUACUUAUAGUCUCUACCACAGCUGUAGAGGAUCCUUCUACUGAUAAAUCUUGCGACAUCCUUAAAGAUGUCUUUAAGCAAGAGGCGGGCGGUCAAUGGGAAUGGGAUGUUGUGGAGACCAAGAUCGUCGGCGAUGUAGUCGAGGACAUACAGGAGGCUAUCAAGCAUUGGGCCGGCCAGGAUAAUCCGGUCAAUGUUAUAAUUACCACUGGAGGAACUGGAUUUGCUGUCGCAGACCUUACCCCAGAAGCUGUCUCACCACUAUUACAUCGCCAGGCCCCAGGCCUCGUAUAUGGAAUGCUCUCAUCUUCGGCCGCCAUAACACCAUUUGCACUCAUGUCACGCCCCGUCGCUGGCGUCCGCAACAAGAGCAUCAUUAUCACCCUUCCAGGCUCCCCAAAGGGCGCCAAGGAGAAUCUCCAGUGUAUUUUGAAGCUCCUACCCCAUGCAUGCUUACAAGCAGCGGGGGCGGAUUCGAGGUCUCUGCACGCAGGAGGCAUCAAAAAGCUAGAAUCGGAGGCUGGAAUAAGCUCUAGCGGGCCUCGCGCUGGUCAUCAUGGGCACAACCAGGGCCACAACCACGGUCACUCGCACACCCAUGACCAUAGCCACUCACAUAGCCAUGGCCAUGGCCACGCAAUGCCAGUCCGGCACACAAGAGAAACGGAUAAUCCUCAAUCUAAUGACCCCGCGGCUGGCCCGUCUCGACGACACCGGUCGUCACCGUAUCCAACGCUUGAAGUUAGCCAUGCCUUGGAACUAAUCAAAAAUGAGACUCCAGCACCUCAAAUAAUAUCCGCCAAAGUAGAUGGUUCGCUUGUUGGCUUCGUUCUUGCUGAAGAUGUCACCGCUACUGAGGCCGUGCCGGCGUUUAGGGCCAGCAUCGUUGACGGAUAUGCUGUCAUUGCUCCCGAAGGAGGAGAGAGCUCCGCUGGUGUAUUCCCGGUUGCAUCUAUCUCUCAUGCUGCACCGGGGGAGAUCAAACCUCUAUUGAAGGGGCAAAUAACUCGGAUCACCACCGGCGCGCCUCUCCCACCAGGAGCUACGUCGGUGAUUAUGGUUGAAGACACAGCCCUCAAAUCGACUUCUGAGGAUGGUACAGAAGAAAAGGAAGUUGAGAUCUUAGCCACAGACGUCAAGGUCGGCGAAAAUAUCCGUGAGGUUGGCAGUGAUAUCCAAUCAGGGUCUGUUAUCCUCCGUAAGGGCGACCAGAUCUCUGCCACAGGCGGCGAGCUAGGAUUAUUGGUAUCCGUUGGCCGAACAGAAGUCAACGUUUACCGCCACCCUAUUGUUGGUGUCCUUUCUACAGGAGAUGAAAUCGUGCAACAUGAUCGUCCUGGGCCCCUUCGUCUGGGAGAAGUGAGGGAUUGUAACCGACCCACCAUCAUGGCUGCUGUCAGAAGCUGGGGCUUUGAAGCACGAGACCUCGGAAUCGCGAGUGAUACCCCUGGAUCGCUUGAGGAAACUCUUCGCGCUGCACUGCGACAGGUCGAUGUUAUCAUUACCUCAGGUGGUGUUUCAAUGGGCGAGUUAGAUCUGCUCAAGCCUACGAUCGAGAGGCAGCUUGGGGGAACGAUACAUUUCGGGCGCGUAGCGAUGAAGCCGGGAAAGCCGUCGACGUUUGCUACGGUGCCGGUAAAAUCCAACGAUGGUUCUCCCGUCAAGAAGCUGGUAUUUUCCUUACCUGGCAAUCCCGCGAGCGCUGUCGUGGCACUUCAUCUUUUCGUGCUUCCUAGCUUGCAUUUUGCGAGUGGGGUGCAGCCGGCCGGGUUGCCUUCAGUACCAGUGCUUCUUGGACAUGAGAUUAGGUUGGAUAAGCAGAGAAAGGAAUAUCACCGUGCGGUAGUGAGUAUUGGGAGAAAUGGGAGGCUUGUGGCAACAAGUACUGGGGCGCAAAGAAGCUCGAUGGUUGGGAGUUUGAAAAGUGCAAAUGCACUGCUAUGUUUGCCAAUUGGCGACAAAAUUGGAAAGGGUGAGGAAGUGCAGGCUCUUUUGAUGGGACCUAUUUGAGCACCGUAAUUAUAAGUUCGAGUUAAUGUGAACCAACACAAAACAUCCUUUCAUGAUAUACUAAGC